AUGGAGACGCCAGUUCUGGGUUUCGAACCACGGUGUCCUCAUCUCUUCAACACCAACUCUCGCCCCUCUUCCUCUCUCCCAGCUUCCACCCUCUCCGUACGAACUCUCACAGCAGCUACCGUCGUGAAAUCACCGGCGACCGUAGUAGUAGUAGCAGAAGCUCCUCGCACAAAGCCUCACUCCAAAUCCUUCCUUACGAGAAAAUCCGCAAUCUCUGAGAUUGAACAGUCCCCUGACUUCCUCUCCUCUCUGCAGAGAUUAUCUAGAGUUUUGAAAGUCCAAGACUUGAACGUGAUUCUUCGCGAUUUCGGAAUCUCCGGACGAUGGCAAGAUCUUAUACAGCUCUUUGAUUGGAUGCAACAACAUGGUAAAGUUAGUGACUCAACUUACAGCAGCUGCAUCAAAUUUGUGGGAGCUAAAAGCGUCUCAAAGGCUCUAGAGAUAUACCAAAGCAUCCCUGACGAGUCUACCAAAACCAAUGUGUAUAUAUGUAACUCCAUCCUUAGCUGUCUGGUGAAGAACGGGAAGCUUGACAGCUGCAUCAAGUUGUUUGAUCAGAUGAAGCGAGAUGGUCUGAAACCAGAUGUUGUCACUUAUAAUACGCUGCUUGCAGGUUUCAUCAAGGUGAAAAAUGGGUAUCCUAAGGCUAUGGAGCUCGUUGGAGAGCUGCCGCAUAAUGGGAUAAAGAUGGACGGUGUGAUGUAUGGGACUGUCUUGGCCAUCUGUGCUUCGAAUGGUCGAUGUGAAGAAGCUGAAAGCUUUGUCCAGCAGAUGAAAGAUGAAGGUCAUUCGCCCAACAUGUAUCAUUACAGCUCCUUGCUCAAUUCUUAUUCUUGGAAAGGAGAUUACAAGAAAGCUGACGAGCUGAUGACCGAGAUGAAAUCAGUAGGAUUAGUGCCAAACAAGGUGAUGAUGACAACUUUGCUUAAGGUUUAUAUUAAAGGAGGUUUGUUUGAAAGGUCAAGAGAAUUACUCUCUGAGCUUGAAUCUGCUGGCUAUUCUGAGAACGAGAUGCCAUAUUGUAUGCUGAUGGAUGGUCUUUCAAAGACGGGGAAGUUAGAAGAAGCAAUGACUAUCUUUGAUGAUAUGAAAGCGAAAGGUGUUAAAUCUGAUGGCUAUGCAAACAGCAUCAUGAUAGCUGCUUUAUGUAGAAGCAAGCGCUUCGAGGAGGCAAAACAACUUGCGAGGGACUCUGAGACCACUUACGAAAAAUGCGACUUGGUAAUGUUGAACACAAUGCUCUGUGCCUAUUGCAGAGCAGGAGAAAUGGAAAGUGUUAUGCGGAUGAUGAAGAAGAUGGAUGAGCAAGCCGUUAGUCCUGACUACAAUACUUUCCAUAUCUUGAUAAAAUAUUUCAUCAAGGAGAAACUGCACCUGCUUGCCUACCAAACCUUGCUUGACAUGCAUAGUAAAGGCCACCGGCUUGAGGAGGAACUUUGUUCGUCCUUGAUUUACCAUCUCGGUAAAAUUAGAGCUCAUUCAGAGGCAUUCUCAGUCUACAAUAUGCUGAGAUACAGCAAAAGAACUAUAUGCAAAGAUCUGCAUGAGAAGAUUCUUCACAUUCUAAUCCAUGGGAAACUCCUUAAAGACGCAUACGUUGUAGUGAAGGACAAUGCAAAGGUGAUCUCACAGCCUACUUUGAAGAGAUUUUGUAAAGCUUUUAUGGUCUCGGGGAAUAUUAAUUUAGUGAACGAUGUUCUGAAGGUCUUACAUGGUUCUGGCCACAAAAUCGAUCAGGUUCAGUUUGAGAUUGCGAUUGCACGAUACAUUUCACAGCCAGAUAAAAAGGAAUUGCUUCUUCAACUACUACAAUGGAUGCCUGGUCAAGGAUAUGUUGUCGACUCCUCGACAAGAAACCUUAUUCUUAAGCAAUCUCAUUUGUUUGGUCGGCAACUCAUCGCAGAGAUCUUGUCCAAGCAUCAUAUCGUGUCAAGGACGAUGGUAAGAUCUCGAUCUGAGCUGAAGUUUAGUAGAGGUCAGAGAGGUAGAUAAGAAUGUAAUAGAUGUAUGUACUUUGUGUCACGAGAUAGAUAACAGAGAGUAGUAACAUUUGUAGAUGUGCUUAAUGAAUCGAAUUUUACAUAAAUAUAUUCAUUUUUUA